AGAGAUCAUUCGUCGAAAAUUAAUGGUGGUGUUCGGUUCUGCGUCGCGCAAAGUCUCUAAAAGUCUAGGAAAACUAGGAGGAAUCGUUCAGUAAAAGUCCCGAGAUCCGUUCGCAAUUCCCCGACUCGAAUAAAACCAAUAUACACAUAUAUCAAAUAAACAAAUAGAAGGAAUCCUCAGAGAAUAACGUGUUAAAGAUAGCAAACAUAAGAAGUGUGCAAUAAGUAAAGAAAGCAGAGACCCAAGCUCAAGGAAAGUUGAAAGUUGUAAACCAGAAUCUCGUCGAGAACAAAAACAAAAGUUCCCCCUCAAAAAAAAACCACAAACGCACACACACACACACACGCCAGCAAAAUGAGUGUCUGUGAGAGCAAAGCCGUUGUGCAACAGCAACUGCAGCAGCACUUGCAGCAACAGGCCGCAGCAGUUGUUGCGGUGGCGCAGCAGCAGCAGGCCCAGGCCCAAGCUCAGGCCCAGGCUCAGGCUCAAGCUCAGGCCCAGGCUCAGGCGCAGGCGCAGCAGCAGCAGGCGCCGCAGGUGGUGGUCCCCAUGACCCCGCAGCAUCUGACCCCGCAGCAGCAGCAGCAGAGCACACAGAGCAUCGCCGACUAUCUGGCCCAGUUGCUCAAGGACCGCAAGCAGCUGGCCGCCUUCCCCAAUGUCUUCACCCACGUCGAACGGCUGCUGGACGAAGAAAUUGCACGCGUGCGCGCCUCACUGUUCCAGAUCAAUGGGGUCAAGAAGGAGCCCCUGACUCUGCCCGAACCCGAGGGCUCUGUGGUGACGAUGAACGAGAAGGUUUAUGUGCCAGUCCGCGAGCAUCCAGAUUUCAACUUUGUCGGUCGCAUUUUGGGACCCCGUGGCAUGACCGCCAAGCAGUUGGAGCAGGAGACCGGCUGCAAGAUCAUGGUUCGCGGCAAGGGUUCCAUGCGCGACAAGAAGAAGGAGGAUGCCAACCGUGGCAAGCCCAACUGGGAGCAUCUGUCCGAUGACCUGCAUGUCCUGAUAACCGUCGAGGACACCGAGAACCGUGCCACGGUCAAGUUGGCCCAGGCCGUCGCCGAAGUACAGAAGCUGCUCGUGCCGCAAGCCGAAGGCGAAGAUGAGCUAAAGAAACGUCAACUUAUGGAAUUGGCGAUUAUUAAUGGCACUUAUAGGGACACAACAGCGAAAUCUGUCGCAGCUUUUUCAUGCGUUGGCUCUGCUUCUUAUCUGUAUCCCGCAGUGUGCGAUGAGGACUGGCGCCGCCUGAUGGCCGCCUCCGACAGCCGCCUGCUGACGCCCAACGGCCUGCCCGGCCUUGCCGCCCAGAUCCGCGCCCCCGCCACCGCCCCGCUGGGCGCCCCCUUGAUCCUGAACCCCCGGAUGACCGUCCCGACAACGGCGGCCAGCAUACUGUCCGCCCAGGCCGCUCCGACAGCCGCCUUCGAUCAGACCGGCCAUGGCAUGAUCUUCGCACCGUACGAUUAUGCGAACUACGCCGCCCUCGCCGGCAAUCCUCUGCUCACGGAAUAUGCUGAUCAUAGCGUUGGUCGAUAUAUGCAUGCCGGCUCCGUCUUUUGAACUUCUCUUUCUCACUCUCUAUUAUUUUUCCCUUGAACAACAAAAACAGAAACGAAUUAUAGAGGAAACCCCCACAGAAAAUAUUUAGGCUAAAGUUAUAAAGUUACAGUCACACACAAAAACUGGAACAGAAUUAUAUACACACACACACGCACACACAUAAAUGUAUAGACUGUAUAUAUUUUUAAACUUAAAUAUUUACCUAGAAACAAAAACAUAAGAGUAAAACGGCACAACAAACAGGAAAACAGAAAUACUCAAGAAAAAAGAAACAAGAAAACAAAUCAAUCAAGAAAAUUAUUGCUCGACAAUGAAUUUGUUUCUAAAAUAUUUUAUAGUAGAAGAUAGGUCGCAAAGGAAUACAUUUCUGCAAUAUGCAAUAUUGGCAAAAAUAAGUGAUUUUUAGGCCCUUAAAUUGUAGUUGCUUUAAUCUUAACUUUAACUUUUAUGAUUUUCAACCCGAAACAUUUUUAUAUGAGUAUAUUCUAGUUGAGAGGAACAACAACAGCGGCAGCCAAAGCAAGUUGUUGAUUUUCGUUUUUUGGAACCAAUGAGUAUUCAAAUUAAAGAGGGCUAAACUUUAUAAUUUUCUCUUCUAAAAAAUAACCCUAUUUUAGUUUUGUGGUAUGAGGGUCGAGUCAUAAGUGCAAUUUAGUUAAGUAUCUGUUUUUUAUGUAGUUUUUGUAGUGAGUGUUGCGAAGGGGGGACAGUAUUUAUGCACAAAUGUACCUAACGAAGAGCGAAAAGAAAACCGUUUCAAUUUUUCCAGCCAGUGCCAUUUCUCGUCAAAACCAUAUACUUUGAUCAGAAUUGCAGAAAAGCUUUUUUUUUAAAUAUACACACAUUUAUAUUUAUGUAUCUCGUAGUGGAGAGGAGCCUUGAAUCAAGUUGGUGCUUACAUAAUUACUUCAAUUAGAUCUAAGUUUAGUCGAGGCUCGAAGGCAGCCGUCCAAGAACAGAAACCAUAAUCCAGAAUCAAUUGAAUGCACGCCUAGUCAGCAAGCUGGAAGAACAAAAUGCUUAAGGAACAAUAAACAUAUGAACACAAUAAUCAUUUCUAGAAUUUAUCCACAAACCGGAGACGAAUAUACCUUAGAAUAAGCGGCUUGAAAAUCACUUAUUUUGCAGCCAUAACUUAAAAUCAGAUAAAAUAUCGAAUACACAGGCACAGAUAUAAACGACUCAUUCCAAAGAAGCAGAGAAUUUAAAUGUUAAAAAGUUAAAGAACACCGAAAAACAGGUCAAUUAUUCCCCCUCUGUUGGCAAUUGGCUUCCAGCAAAGGCAAAGGCAGCACAGCUUCAGUUUGAGCAAGCAUAUGGUAGAUGUAAGGAUGUAUGCAAUAUCUUUUACACCUAAGUUGUAUCUUGUAGCGAAUAUGUUCACAUCUAUUUAUAUAUAUAACCGAUAUGCCUAUGCAAACCUAUAUCUACAUGUAUCGUAUCGUAUAUUUUAGUAGGCGCCAUUAAGCAGCAGCGUCGUUUGGCGACUAACCGCGAACACCCCUAUCAGCGAGCAACGGUCGGAGUGCCAGCCAAGCCGGCGGGUUUCAUUGAGAUACAGUAAAUCGGUCCCUAAACCCAGAAAGCAACCUCUUCUUAAAUCACAUCAUGUCAGCAGAAGCAACUUUAAAUAACUUUUAUCAAUAAUAUCCGAAAAAGAAAGAAACAAACAAACAAUUACGAACAACAGAAAUCAAACGAUUGCGUAUGCCCGCCCAUAGAUUACGUUCACCGGGCAACCAAUCAAUUUAGUUGAAUUAUUUUUACCUUUGCGCUAUUUAUUUUGAUAUCUAUGCUGCUCAUUAAGUCCCUGCUCCACCCAUCCACCAAUCCAUACUGUAUAUCCGAUGAAACCUGGCCGGAAACGUUGGCCAGGCCAGGCCGCUCUGCCCUGAUCAGAGUUCCGAAAACAAUUGUCAAGCGCACCGCCUCCACAGGUUAGUUGUGUUUCUACUCCCUUAUUUAUUUUAUCAAACUAUUAUUUUCUUUAUGUGUUAUAUCUUUUCACCGGAAUAAAAUGCAAAUGAACUUUGGCGUUCCCUUGCAUUCUAUUUCGAUUGCGAGUUUUGAAACAACAAGCAAAACAAAAUUUUGAUAAAACAAAAGUACAGACACAUGCAAAAUCUAUCAGUCCAUUUAGCUGAAGAUGAAGAGUUUAUUAUCAUUUUAUACGAAUAUAUUUAUACACAAAUUUUUAUAUUAGUUUUCCUUUGUUUUCACGUUAACUUGUGCCUUUGAUGUUUUACAUACACUCAAAAAAAAAAAGUAGAAAAGAACAAAAAAAAGAAGAAAGGAAACAUUUUAGUAGAUUUUUAUUUGUAUUACUCUUGGAUAAGCCAUAUAUUUUAUUGAAAACAAAAAGCUCUUUACGAGAUAUGAAUUUUACAUGUGUAUCCUAGGCAUAAGUCCCCUGUUUAGUCUGUUAAGAUUAUAUGAUUAUUUUGUAUUAUGCGUUCGAAUGUAAAUGUUGCAAUUGAACCGAAAGUGUACCACAAAGAAAUAAAGAUCAAUGAUUUUUGUUGAAAUGAAAACAAAAAACCUUAAAAAAAAUGAACACAACAAAAACAAACAAAACAAAA